UUUCAUUUCAUAUUAUAGUUGAGCUCAAGUGUAUGUUCUAAGGAUUGUACUAAAGAACAUGGAAGAAGACAAAUUUCUGCCCAACAAGCAGAUUGUACUAAAGAACUUCGUACAAGGCUGUCCAAAAGAGAGCCAUUUUGAUCUAACGAUAACAAACAUGAGCACGAACAUUCGUGAUUAUGGAUCAAAUGGCGUGUUGCUCAAGAAUCUCUACCUUUCGUGCGACCCUUAUUUGUGCCACCUCAUGCGUCCUGCUCGACUAUCUUCUUUCCUACAAGGUUCUUUUGUCCCAGGAUCUGUUGUGAGGGGAUAUGGUGUGGCAAAAGUCAUAAAGUCUGCUUAUGAGAAGCUGAGAGAGGGUGAUUAUGUGUGGGGGGUUACAGGGUGGGAGGAUUUUAGCUGGAAUUCGAAUCCCGAAAAGCUGCUGACUAAGAUCGAGACAACCGAUGUUCCGCUAUCUUACUACGCGGGUAUCCUUGGCAUAUCAGGUAUAGCUGCUUAUGUGGGGUGGUAUGAAAUAUGUGCCCCAAAGCAAGGUGAAAUUGUUUAUAUCUCGUCGGCUGCUUGUGGAGUCGGUCAUCUUGUGGGACAAUUUGCCAAAAUGUCGGGUUGUUAUGUGGUCGGAAGUUCAAGCACUAAUGAAAAGGUCGACUUGCUAAAGACGAAACUUGGGUUUGACGACGCUUUCAACUACAAAGAAGGAGACUUGCGGUCACAAUUAAACAAGUGUUUCCCUAGAGGCAUCGACAUUUACUUUGAGAAUGUGGGAGGUGAUAUGCUAGAUGAGGUAUUGGGAAGAAUGAACUUAAAUGGUCGAGUUGCGGUUUGUGGGAUGAUAUCUCAGUACAACCUCACCGAACCAAAGGGAAUCCAAAACCUAUUUAGCGUAAUCCAUAAGCGUUUGACAUUGCGGGGUUUCUCUGAACAAGACUAUAGAAGAAGUACGUACGCGGAGUAUGCCAAGUGGGCCAUCGAGAAGCUUCGGGAGAAUAAGUUGGUCUAUGUUGAGGAAGUAAUUCCAGGUUUGGAGAAUGCGGCUUCUGCUUUUGUUGGUAUAUAUUAUGGUCACAAUACUGGGAAGAGAGUGAUUGCUAUUGCUAGGGACUGAUUUGUGUUUCUUAAAAGUUUUUACUUUUUAGGGGAGAAUUAGUGUGCUUUUCACCAUCUCUAUGUGGAAAGUAUGUAUGUGAUGGAGGGUGUCUGCUUUAGAAUUCAUCAAACCUUAAGUUAAUUGGAAACUAGUUAUCAAACAAUUGUGCUGUAGAUCCAAAACAUCUUAGCCUGAAAAAAAAAUAUAAAAAUUAGGAUUAUAAAUUAGUAAUUC